AUGGCCACUCUUUCUGAGCGACCCGUGUUCAAAGAGCUGAGCACUCUUCUUGUCAAACUUUCUGUUUCUGAUGAUGAUCCCAACUAUCCUAACUUUAGAAAAUGCCAGGCCGCCAAUUGCAACUAUGGCACUAAGAGAAAGGAACCAGGAGCCAAGAAAAUAUGGGAUGAAUUGAUGAAAAAGGAAACACUUUUGAACGAGGUCGAGUUCUAUUCGACGGUUCAAGAAUUUCUCCCGCGGGUUCACUGCAUGAAGCAUAAUGAGGGCGAUUUCCUUAAAGAUUGCUUUAGUGACUGGAAAAGGUCCCGAACUAAGAACUCAGGUUACGCUUCAUCUGAAGUGUCACUACCUGGUACACCGACUCAGGAUCAAGUCUUCGAAUCGCCUACUGUGGAAUACGGUACACCUCUCUCAAGUCCUCUCGUCGAAGAUGACACACCAACAACCUCAGAAAAAAGCCCGGCUUCCAGCUUUGACAGUUUCAUCCUGAGUACCCCCAGCAGGAUGAAUCAUCACAGCCCUCUCCCUUCGAUUGAAGAUAUGUCAACAUCUAACGAGAGCCCGAUAUAUAAUCCCCCAUUGGCACUCGGCAGUAAUUCGAUUUCUGGCAGGUCUAUUGAUGUUGGUCAGCAAGAUAACAAGGUGGACGACAUACCACCCCAAGAACCUCUAAAGUCGCUCCCUAUUCAUUCCAGGCAAGAUGUUGCCGCGGAACAACCCGAUAUGGUGGAAUCCAUCGUGGACGAUACAGUUAUACUGGAGAAUGACUCGGGUGAUGAGCCACGACUUGCUCACCCGCAAUUUAGUGAACUUGGGUUAAAGAGGAACGGAACCUUGAGCGAUAAAACCGCCAUCCUCAUGGAAUUAAGGAAGCCUCUCACGCAUGCACAGGCGGGAAAGGGCAAGGUGUAUGUCCUGAAGCACAAGGAAGAAAAGGAUCUGUUCAAGAUUGGAUGGACCGCUACUACUGUCAACACAAGUUUAUCGCGGCCCAACAACUGCUAUGGAGCAUCAUGCGAGACCAUACCCAUCUAUGAGUCUCCUCAUUUAUUCAACGGUGCGCCCAAAGCCCAUAGACUGGUGCACUUGUUUCUCAGGGGCAUCAAUGUACGGGUCAAAAAGUGUAAAAAGUGCGGCAAAGGGCACAAAGAUUGGUUCGAAGGAAGUGAAGAGGCUAUCGUGAACACAGUCAAGGUCAUGGAGGGCUUUUUACUCGGGUCUGCUUACGAGUUGAAGGAGAAGGGAGAGCUCACGAACGAAGGGAAAGCCAGGGUGAGGAAUAUGUGCAAUGUCACCCUCGAGUCAUUCCAAAGGAAUCAAGAGUCUUGUAGAGUCCCAGGCGAUAUCACGGACGCCGAAUCUUUGACGUUUCCACAUACUGUGGCACCUGAGGCUACGGUUAAUGUACAAUCACGACAGGCUUUGGAGUCGUCAAGCCAGCCAGAAGCACUCGCCGCAUCCGCAGACGCUUCUAAUGGACGGGAAUCACCCUUGGGGGCGAACAAAGAUGGGUGGCGCAACAAAUACAGAAAACUCGUUGGUGCCGUGAAGGACAAACUCUCCAAGGAUUCAGCCACUGAUGAUGAAUUUCCCUUUGCACUUCUCGGGGCCCUUGACCAAGAUAGUGACAACACUGAGAAACCUCGUGGAUGGAGUUCUUUGGGGGUUUCGUGGGCCAAAUUCACGGCGACCUUCAGGGGGUCGGUCGAACCAGAUGCUAAGAAAGCGAGUUGA